UCCGUUGGAGAGGCAGUGAGACAAACAGACAAAAAAUUUCUUAUAAUAAGGGCACAUGUGUUUGUAUUUUAAUGUAACAAGGGUUACAUUAAAAUACCAACACAUACAGUCUUCGAGCAAAGUGUUCAGCAAAUAUCAACAUUAUGCUGUUUCGGAUGAACACAAGGGAGGUUUCGUUUUUGGCGGGGUACUUUAUAACAGACGUCUGGCAUGGUGGACGGGUGUAACUUAAUCUAGCGAAAUGUCUGUAGUUAAAGGUCGUCUUCCGUAGCUCGGAAAAUACGCGUCUUUCGAUGUAUGAUUGUGUAAACGCAGUUUUUGUUGUUUAAGGUUGCGUUACCGGAUAUAUUUUAUCGCCGAACAUGUCUGUAGUUUUGGACGGAGUAAUUAAAAUAUGCAAAGCAGAAGAGGCAAAGCUCACUGAAAGGAUCCGACAGUGCAAAGCCAUUUUACGUUCAAUGAAGACCCUUGUGAAUGAUAACAGUGCUGUAGACGAAUCAGCCAGCGGUGACGUCAACUAUGAUGACAUGCUUCUGAAAGAUCAACAAGAAAUUGAACUACUGGAACAAGUUCUGAAAAGGGCAGAAGAAGUUCGCAGCAGCGCUUCAGUGCCCAAAGACUUCGGUGCAGACUUGUGUAAAAAAAAGCAGUCAAAAACCAGCCACAGUAAAGUACCCAUUAAAAACACUUUUAAAGAUGCAGAUAAAAUAAAAACACAAAAGGUAUCAUCCUCCACUGAGUUGCAAGGAAGAGGUCACCAGCGAGGAGGAUCCCUGAAAGGUGUUGCUGUAUGCGGACCUAUUAAUGUGAAUCAUAUAUUAGUCAAGAGAAGACCAUCACCUCAGGCCACCACCAGAGGGAAACUGGUAACAACACCUGCUCCAGUACAGAUCUUGGAAGACCAAAAAAAGCCAGCCACUCAUUCCAAAGACUCAUGUAGAGGAGUGAUGAUAGUAGGUGCACCUUCUGAGGACAAGGAGUUAACAACAAGUAGUCAAGUGUCCUCUCCAAAGGAGCAAUGGGUGCCUUCCCCGUUGUUGCCAGUAUGGAGAGCACAAAGGACCAAGAAGAACAGUCUGUGGAAUGAAGUUCUGACCCAACACCCCAAGCCUUUACCUGAGCGAUCACUCUUUAGGGAGAGACUUAUCAGCACUUUCCCAGGGGAAUGGACCUCUGACCAGGCAGCAGCCGGAGGAGCAGAACUGGACGCCCUCACACAGCUGGGGCUAGACCUGACUCACUGUUAUCAUGCUGAGCUCCAGAACCGUCAGCUUUUAUCGACAUUCGUGCCGGGCAAGGAUCCAGAAUCAUUGAUGGAGAGGGACUAUGAAUCUUCACUAAUGCUGGAGGGACUGGAAAGAAUGAUGGCCAAAGUCAUUAACCAUGCUGACCACCUUAAAAAAGAUUUGGAGAGGAAGGUUGGGAGGCCACUGUUCCCGCUCCGUAUGAUAGGUGAGUGGGGUGACUUGAAGUCAUCCUCCCUGCCCCCCAUGCUAUUCUACAGCACUGAAACGGAGUUAGAGGAACUGGACACUCUAAGGCUCCGAGUUGAUCAGCUACAGCUGGAGAUCCGCCUGCACCAGGCCAUAUCUGAUACUCUCACACACAGUCUGACCCAUCAGCAGUCCUCAUCCGAGUGUCCCAGUGCUACCGCACUACGUGGCCUGUAUUCACUCCUUGGAGAGGGGGGUGUGCGUUUUCCUGCCCUGGUUUUGGACUCUGAGCCGGACCAAACAUAAACAAAGACUGUUGUUCAAUAUUAACUGGACCUCUCUCAGUCUUUUGGAACACAAUAAUGAAACCGGACCCGUUUAGGACCCUGACAGCUUAUUUGAGGCCAACACCAAUUUAGAAGAGAUUUUUUUUGUGAGUACUUGCGUCUGACAGAUGUUUGCUCAAAUGCUUCUUAUCUACUGUGUUAAAUGUUGGGAUCUGAGAGCCUGCAGCUGCCCUGACGAAGCAGGAAUAAAGCUGCCAGCUGGUGUUGCUCUGUCAUUAAUGUCUCUAUCUUCUAUCUUCUGGUUUUUGUUUUUUUUUUUUUUUUUGUUUUUUUUUUCCCCCCCCUAUCACUGCAGGAGCUGACUUGGUAGCUUACUGAAAGCUUUUCACCCAAAGGCUGAAAGUUCCUCUCACAAAUAUAGCAAUACAUGCAGAGUAGCUGAGUUAUCACCAGCAGAGAGCACUGUAUUACUUAUAUUUUGGUCAAUCCAUUUGCACUUUAUACUCUGGGUAUGGCAGUGUAUUCCGGAUUAUUCAAAUUCAAAUGCAAAUUUGAAAAUGCUAAUUCAGUUUUGUUUUUAAAAUUGCAUUUCCCAUGCGAGUGUGUAUUAUUUAGAACAUAAUUCAAAUGCAGAAUGUGCAUAAGCUGUACAGGUUAAUAUGGAAAAGCAAAUUGCUUUUGACCCUUCAUUUUAAUUGUUUUAAUGGUUUGACUCUGGCAUAUCUAAAAACAGAAUAACACGCACCCAUUUCAACUACAUUUCCUUAUCAUGAUGCUUCAGCUCUGCCAAAAUAAAAAUGCCAUUGCAAUCCU